UCCAGCUGUAUGGUUGGGUGGGAUUGCAUGGCUAACUGAUAGCCAAUUGGCUUAUUCUUCCUCAUGACGAAAACUUGGUUGAAAAGUGACCAAACUUUUAUUCAUCAGCGCGUUGAGUAGUUUGAAUUCAGUCGCUGCAGUGUGUGUGGAAAUUUUUAGUUUUGUCUCUUGUCAUUCUACGUGUUAUUUGCUAAUCUUUACGGGAAAGAAGCAUAUUUGCAACUACGAUCUUUAACUACGUGGGUUUAAAUUAUUUUACCUUGGAGCUUUUUUGUAUUAUCUGCCGCAGGAUGAACUGCUUGUCUCCCUCGCUCCCGUCUCCCAACAAAAUGAAGGGACAAAUUCAGAUCAUCUUUGGACCGAUGUUCUCAGGGAAAAGUACAGAACUGAUGCGCAGGGUGAAGAGGUUUCAAAUUGCUCAAUAUCGGUGUCUUGUGGUAAAGUACGCAAAGGAUGUUAGAUACAGCAAGCAAGAUCUGGCUACACAUGACAAAUUUACAAUGCAUGCAGUUCCUGCGACUAAGCUGAGUGAAGUUUAUCAAGAAGCUUUAAAAUCAGCGGUUAUUGGAAUUGAUGAAGGACAGUUUUUUCCAGAUUGCGUAGAUUUCUCUGAGGACAUGGCUAACAAAGGGAAGACUGUGAUUGUGGCAGCAUUGGAUGGAACAUUCCAACGGAAAGCUUUUGGCAACAUUCUGAACCUGGUUCCGCUUGCAGAGAGUGUGGUGAAACUGAAUGCUGUGUGCAUGAAGUGUUACCGAGAGGCUGCCUACACCAGUAGAAUUGGCGUUGAAAAAGAGAUUGAGGUGAUUGGCGGAAUGGACAUGUACCGAGCCACCUGUAGGGUCUGCUACUUUGCAAGUGAUAAUCUGCCAACCAAGCAGGAUUGCAAGGAGAACGAAGUCGCAAGUUGGGCAGCGAAAACCGGACAACUGUUACCUUCAAAUCAUUCCGCCUAUGGGGACAGGGGCAUAUUACCAAGGAAACUCUUCGAAAACUUGCAGCCUCCAAGCUGUGUAGCCAGUGGCUGUAACUGAAGCCACUUCAAUGACUGCUCUGACCGUUGCAGUCAUUGUUCCUUUAGCGUUCCCUUUCCUUUGAGAUGUGAGCUGUUACGGAGGCUGUUUUUUCAGUCAUUAGUUGCCCACCAUCUAGGCAAUGGAGGUGCUUUAUAGAAACAGAAAAUGCCUUUAUCAGGGCUCUUAGCAGCUUCUCCAUAGUUCAAUGAGCAGAAUCUCUAAAGGUUACCCUUUUCCCCAAUUAACCCAUGUUUAAUAAUGGAAAAUUUGCAUUGGAUGAAGACUGCUAAUUUUUCAGACUUUAAUUGAAGUCUGAAUAUACCCCUUGCCCAUCCUCUGGGUCUCUCUCUCCCCCCCCCCCCCCCCGUCUGUCUUCCCAGACCUCCUGUCCCAUGAUCCUCUCAUAUCCCUUUUGCCUAUCACCUGUCCAGCUCUUGGUUCCAUCCCUCCCCCUCCUGUCUUCUCCUAUCAUUUUGGAUCUCCCCCUCCUCCUCCAACUUUCAAAACCCUUACUCACUCUUCCCUUCAGUUAGUCCUGACGAAGGGUCUCGGCCUGAAACGUCGACUGCACCUCUUCCUAGAGAUGCUGCCUGGCCUGCUGCGUUCACCAGCCACUUUGAUGAGUGUUGCUGAAAUUUACACCAUGUUCAUCAAUGUUUACUAGCACUGGAUUUUUCUGACUCCCCCUACCAAAUGUACACAUCUGAGGGAUUUUUAACCUUUUUAAUGCCAUGGACCAAUACCAUUAAGCAAGGGAUCUGUGGACCCCAUGUUGGGAAGCCCCUGAUUUAGUAUUAGUGUGAAGGUAUUCAUUUAUGUUGGUGCUUACUAACUUUACAGUAAGCUAACACUGGAGACUGAGAUUGACCAUGCAAUAUUGGUAAGGGGAGGAGGUAAAGUUUUGGUGACAGAUGUUGCAUUAAGGAUGUAAAUGUUGCAUGUAAUGAUUUUUUUUUAACAGUUGGCAUAACACAAACAAAAUGCUGGAGGAACUCGGCAGGUCAGGCAUCAUCCAUGGAAAUGAAUAAACAGUUGACGUUUUGGGCCGAGACCACCUUUAGGACUGGAAAGGAGGGGGGAAGAUGCCAGAAUAAAAAGGUGGGAGGGAGGAGAAGGAGGAUAGCAAAAGGGUGACGGGUGAAGCCAGGUGGGUUGGGAAGGUUAAGGGCUGGAGAGGAAGGAAUCUGAUGUGAGAUGAGUGGACCAUGGGAGAAAGGGAAGAAAGAGGGGCACGGGGGGGGGCAGGGUGAGAAGAGGUCAGUGUGGCACAGAAGAGGAAUUGGCAUAUGUGGCAUCAAAAUCAAGUUUUGAUGCCAAUAUUACUACUUCUGGUUAAAAUAGUUAAUGUAUUUUCACUUUUCAUGAAUUUACUCUGCCUCUUGCAUCAACUAAUUGCUUCUAGAUCUUCUGUUUGUCUCCAUGACAACUCUGGCCUAUCUAUUUUCAUGCUGCUUCAUCGGAGUGUCUUUGGAUUUGAAGUGAAUGUUUUGCUGUAAGUAAUGCCCUUUUAAGUUAUUAAUUUCUCCCAGGUGAUGAAGUUGUCUGCUGAGAUAUGCCAUCUAUGCUGCACUAAUGAGCACAGACUAUCUCUAGCAAGGAGUCUAAUCGUCAUCCCUUCUUAAAUCCCCCACCAGUUAACAUCCUGGGAGUUCAUUAGUGAUCAAGGCUUCAGCUAGAUGAGUUCAAAGGUCAAGCAGCCUUGUUGACAAGUGAUUCAUCUAAUCUAAUUGCCUUUCAAUUGGGAUUGUGAAUAGAAUGCAUCUCCUUUCACCUAGAUAUGUGUGCUCCAAUGAGUUUUAACACCAUCCAGUAAAGAGCGACUUCCUCAACUGACCAUCCAUCAUUCAUCAGUUUCUCCAAUCGAAUUGGAAAAUUUUCAUCUAUAUCAUAUACUUGAGUACCUUGCUGGUGCUAUCUUGAUUCUUCCAUUAACAGUACAGCAAGGGCAGAAUUCUGAAAUUUGUCUGCACAUCAUACCUCCAUGAAUUGUAAACAUAUAAUUAAUCCUGUCUGUGGUUAAAUGUAUAUGGGAGUAUCAAUCCUAUUGCUAUUGGGUUUGGAGGACACAAUUUCCAAGAUCAUAGAAACAUAGAAAAUAGGUGCAGGAGUAGGCCAUUCAGCCCUUUGAGCCUGCAUCACCAUUCAGUAUGAUCAUGGCUGAUCAUCCAACUCAGAACCCUGUACCUGCCUUCCCUCCAUACCCCCUGGUCCCUUUAGCCACAAGGGCCAUAUCUAACUCCCUCUUAAAUAUAGCCAAUGAACUGGCCUCAACUGUUUCCUGUGGCAGAGAAUUCCACAGAUUCACCACUCUCUGUGAAGAAGUUUUUCCUAAUCUCAGUCCUAAAAGGCUUCCCCUUUAUCCUCAAACUGUGUCCCCUCAUUCUGGACUUCCCUAACAUCGGGAACAAUCUUCCUGCAUCUAGCCUGUCCAAUUCCUUUAGGAUUUUAUACGAUUCAAUAAGAUCCCCCCUCAAUCUUCUAAAUUCCAAUGAAUAUAAGCCUAGUCGAUCCAGUCUUUCAUCAUAUGAAAGUCCUGCCAUCCCAGGAAUCAAUCUGGUGAACCUUCUUUGUACUCCCUCUAUGGCAAGGAUAUCUUUCCUCAGAUUAGGGGACUGAAUCUGCACACAAUACUCCAGGUGUGGUCUCACAAAGGCCUUGUACAACUGCAGUAGUACCUCCCUGCUCCUGUACUUGAAUCCUCUUGCUAUGAAUGCCAGCAUACCAUUCGCCUUUUUCACUGCCUGCCUUACCUGCAUGCCCACUUUCAAUGACUGGUGUAUAAUGACACCCAGGUCUCGUUGCACCUCCCCUUUUCCUAAUCUGCCACCAUUCCAAUAAUCUGUUUUCCUGUUUUUGCCACCAAAGUGGAUAACCUCACAUUUAUCCACAUUAAAUUGCAUCUGCCAUGAAUUUGCGCAAUCACCUAACCUAUCCAAGUCACCCUGCAUCCUCUUAGCAUCCUCCUCACAGGUAACACUGCCGCCCAGCUUCGUGUCAUCCGCAAACUUGGAGAUGCUGCAUUUAAUUCCCUUGUCUAAGUCAUUAAUAUAUAUUGUAAACAAGUGGGGUCCCAGCACUGAGCCUUGCGGUACCCCACUAGUCACUGCCUGCCAUUCUGAAAAGGUCCCGUUUAUUCCCACUCUUUGCUUCCUGUCUGCCAACCAAUUCUCUAUCAGAUCAAAUGGUUCAGCGAAUGUAAGGCAGGGACCAAAGUUAGGCUAUUCUGCCCAACCACAGCUUCUGCCACAUCUUUUCAUUAUGGCUAAUUUAUUCUCCCUCUUAACACCAUUCUCCUGCCUUAUCCCCAUAACCUUUUGACAGCUGUACUGGUCAAAACCCUAUCAAUCUCUGCUGUAAAUACACCCAGUAGCUUGGUGUCUUGUGGUUGUGGGGGGCGGGGAAGGGGGUGGCUUAUUCUGUUGAAAGUCACUUAUGUCAUGAUUAAGUUUAGAAACUGCAGCUGCUUUUCCUAUUGAUUAGACUGUUUCAAAUGUACUGGGUAUCAAAUAACACAGAAUUUUGCUCUUCCUUUGCUUUAAGUCAAGCAGUGCACAUGACCAUUGGGAAGGGACGCUGUGUGUGCAUGCUUUUAGUUAAGUAUGUUUUCACUUGUAAAUAAAUAAUGUAAUAUACUUGCAAUCAGUGUUUUGUGUCUCACUUGCCAGACCGUGAAUCUGAUUCAAUAUUACACUUGGCCUUCACAGCCAUCUGUGACCAUGAAUUCUACAGAUUCACCACCCUUCGGCUAAAUAAAUUCCUCAUCUGUUCUAAAGGGAUGUCCUUGUAUUCUGAU